CCAAGCGUUUACCUUAUCCAUGAACAGUGGGGUGGAGACUGUUGGCCCUUGACAUUGAAGUGAUCCAUUCUCAUUGGCUGGCUAUUUUACUUUAGGUCGACUGAAAGGGUUGUGAAACUGCAUACUGUACAUCUCCAACAACUCUGAUGCAUUGACUCUUCCUCUGGCAUCCUUUGAAGGAAUAACUAUUUAAUUGUGAGGAAGGCUAUUGGAGAUCUAUUUAAAGGACACGUAUAUUCAGCUUUGAAACAUGACACCUUAAACCAGAACAAGGAAUUAUAUUUGAAAUUGACUUACAUAUGGGUUCAAUUAAUUUAAAGGUUUAAAAUCUCUCUGCUGAUCCCUCAUCAUCAAAAGGAUAACAGUUGGUUUUCUUAUCUGUUUCUGAAGCGUAGUUAAAUUGCAUGGAAUAGACUCCCAUGUGAGAAAAAGACGUGGCCAGAGCCUUUUUCGACGGGGAGGAGGAUUACAGGAGAGUCUCUGAGCAGCUUUUCAUCACACAUCAUCCAACCUCCGGGCAUUCCAGUCUGCUGCGCGCUCCCAGGAUCAGAAAAUGGACAAUAACACACACGGAAGAAUAAGCAGCAUCACUACGAUGGCUGAUUCCUUUCCAUUUCCAUUACUCGAUGGUUCACUUGCGGGAAAACAUUUUUAUGACCGUAGCAGUGACUAUCAGAAGUGUGACACUGUGCAGUGGGACGUUCAGAGGACACAUGUGGCCACAACGGAAACUUUGCCAGGCGGAAAUGUAAGCUUCUCCACAUCAACAGGAGCAUUUCAAUUCAUCAAAGAUGAAAAAGAGCCUUCUGUGAUUAUGAACAGCCCCAUUCCCAACUUCGACACAUCACCGGAGAUUCCUGAUCUGGACACCUGCUGUGACCGCGACAGGAAGCAGCAGCUGAGGCUCAGUGACGGGGAGUCCGCGAGCUUCUCCCCGGCUGCAGCGAGGCAGAGGCUGGAGGGGUCUCCAAACUUCCUGAUGGACCUGAACCAGCCAGAUCAGCUUCCGGCGCUCAUCCAGAUGAGGGCCGACUCCAGGUGCGGUGUGUCCGGGAAGGCUGUUGGAAACUUUGAUGCCAUUACGCACGCAGCCCAGCAGCCUCUGACCAUGUACAAGAGCGAAGUUCCCCGUUGGCAGAUGCAGCCGUCUCCGCCUGAGACCCAGUACUGGUGCCAGUCCGUGGGGAUGAACGAUGACCAGUUCACACAAAACGGCUAUGAGGGGAUCCAGAACCAGGCCAUGAUUCGAAGGAACCCAUCACCAUAUUCCGCGUACCCCGGAAGACCACCUCAGAGACAGUGUGUGAUCUGUGCGGAUGAGGCGUCUGGUUGCCACUAUGGUGUCUUAACCUGCGGGAGCUGUAAAGUAUUUUUUAAAAGAGCAGUUGAAGGCCAUCACAGCUAUCUCUGCGCUGGGCGAAACGACUGCAUUGUGGACAAAAUUCGGAGGAAAAAUUGCCCUGCAUGUCGCCUCCGGAAGUGCUAUCAAGCGGGAAUGAUGCUAGGAGGCAGGAAGCUGAAGCGUUUCGGGGCCUUGAAAGCCUUCAGUUUGGCCCCGUCCCUGAUGUUCCAGUCACACUUUGCCAUAUCCAACGAAAAUCACGCCUUGACCUCCAUGUCGUGCAUACCAGGCAUCCACGAGGAGCAGCUCUCCCAACAGAUCCUCAGUAUCCUGGAAAAUAUCGAACCAGAGAUCAUGUACUCCGGAUUCGACAGCGCCCAGACCGAUGGGCCCCACAUUCUGCUCAACAGCCUCAACAGACUGUGUGAGAAACAGCUGGUGUGGAUCGUCAAGUGGUCCAAGUCCCUCCCAGGGUUUCGUAAUCUUCACAUCACCGAUCAGAUGACCCUCAUCCAGUACUCGUGGGUGAACCUGAUGGUGUUCUCUCUUGGGUGGCGCUCCUAUCAGAAUGUCACCAGUGAAUAUUUAUACUUUGCACCUGAUCUGGUUCUCAGUCAGGAGCAAAUGAUGAGAUCUCCGAUUUACGAGCUGUGCCUGGCGAUACAGUUCAUCCCUCAGGAGUUUGCAAACCUUCAAGUUAGCCGCGAGGAGUUUCUCUGCAUGAAAGCCAUAAUAUUACUCAACACAGUGCCUCUGGAGGGACUCAAAAGCCAGGCAGUGUUUGAAGACAUGAGACAGAACUACAUCCGGGAGCUGACGAAGGCGAUACACUUGAGGGAGAAGGGCCUGGUGGCCAGCUCCCAGAGGUUCUACCACCUCACCAAGCUGAUGGACGCCAUGCAUGAUAUAGUGAAAAAGGUCAACCUGUUCUGUCUGAGCACCUUCAUCCAGGCGGACGCCAUGAAAGUGGAGUUUCCAGAGAUGAUGACGGAGGUGAUCGCCUCCCAGCUUCCCAAGGUCCUGGCAGGCAUGGUGAGGCCCCUCACCUUCCACUCCAAGUGAAGAUGCCAGCAAACACGUCACAAAUCUGCGGAGACAUCUUGUGAGGGGGUUAUUCAUCCCACAAGUCUUACUGAAUUCUUUGUAGCCUUCAUUAUUCAAGAGUCAGUACUUCAGCCUUUUUACUUUAUAAGGGCAACAGAGUUCUUUCCACAUGUUUUUAAGUACAUUGAAUAUAAUCUAUUUGAAAAAUAUGAAUUCAGAGGCAUGAAUGGUUUUGAGAACCAUUAGAUAUACUGAUGUUUGUACUGAAGCUGCAAAAGAGAAACUAAAUAAAAACAACAAGUUUACAAUUCAAUGUUCAGGGGAGGAGACAUGGAAGAUAACUAUCAGUAAAAUAUUUGAUAAGAAAUAAUAUACUUACUGUGACCUUGAGUGGGUUAAAAAUAAUAACUACGAGAACACUUUCGCAAAGGCUUUUUGCCCUCAGUGUGUUAUUUUCAUACAGUUACUUAUUUUAAAAAUGUCUUCAUUAAAGACAUUCAGACAAUUGGAGAAGUGUGCCACAUUUUAAAUGAUUGCAGUACGUUAACACAUUCAAUUCACAAUAUCACAAUGAAAUACUUUUCUGACUCAGCAUAAACACAACUGAUCACUGUCUCCUUAGCUUUGGAUAGGAAUGAAAGUAUUUCAUACUAGGACAUACUCUAGUCUAGUUGAAGCUCUUUUAAUUGAAAAACAUCCCCCUAUAGUUGGUGCAUAAAGACAAAAGUGUUAAGUGUGCCUCCAACAGUCGACACACUAACAAUCCAUUCUCACUAUUCAUCCUGUUGUAAUUAAGGUUUUUCUGGCUGCAGUGAGAAGUUAACUGUGACAAAGAAGUUGACAAGAGUUUGAAUAAAUCAUGCUGUUUAUUUAAAGACAUGUUUAUGCACCGUCAAGAACAGUAGAUGAUUGCAAGGAAACAAGCUUGCCAUACAAAAAGAAGGGUGUCGCACGUUAUAUAUUUAGGAUAUAUAAAUAAUUUCCCCUGCAAUUUCAGACUGUGAGGGAGUUUUAUUCCAGCAUGAAUGUUCAAGGCCACCUCGCAUUCUUGAAGUUGAGAAUGGAAAAGAACAUCCUGAUCUUGGCAAGCAUGGGAUCUCAAAACAACCAUUACGGUCACCACAAGGGUUUGACUUUGGUAUCAUCUUUCAGUUUGUAUUAAUUGUAGAAGUUAUGUUGUCUAUAUUUUCUUUUAUCUUCUUCUUUCUGACAAAGUAUCACAGAAGCUUUGAUAAUUAUGGACUUUGAAAUGGUUGUGACAGUAAUAGAACAUUCAAUAUUAAAUGGUAUCUUAUUAUUAUAAUCUGAUACAUGUCUAGUUGUCAUUACUAGUACACCAGCAUACCAGUAAGCAGUACUACAUUAAGGCAUUAAAGCUAAAAGCUCCACCUUCAUGACAUUAUAAAAAACACAUUUUUACAUACGGCAUAUAUAUUUGAUGUGAUAACUUAUAGUAAGAAAAACACAAAGUACAUAUUUUUGGUUAGCAGUUACUAAAGAGCUCAUGAGCAUUAAUGUACAGUACAGUACCGUGUGGCUAACAGAAAGUGCACUGCAGCAGUGAGCAGGUUCAGUGGAUGAACAAUGAUCACAGGCAAUAAACAUGACAGUUAAGGUGCAACCCAUAAUGCUUUUUCUAUUAGACUCUAAUAGAUUAGAUUUGUAUCAUUACUUUCAAUCACAGUUUGUUUAAUUACAGCUAUCAGAAAAUGUUUAAUAAACUACAGAUUUCCAUUAAAAGCUUGAUUAAAAGAAAGUGUUCUGUCGAUAUAAAUGACAAAGUAAAAUAUAAUAUAUUUCUGAGAAUAAAACUUGUGAAAUUA